GCGUGGCGUGGCGGUAGUCGGGGAGACGGUGCCGGCCGGGGCGACGGACGAGGCGAGUGCGCGGGUCCUGCCUCUGCCUUUGCCUUGCCGAGUCCUUCGACAGUCGACCAGGAACCUCAACCUCACGCCGGCCCCGCGCGCCGCACGCCGCGUACGCCCGUUUCGGCUUUUCCGCAAUCGCCAAAUCGUCAGCCUGGCAUCCCCACCAGCCUCACGUACUGCUCCUGCGGCAGCGGCAGAGCCGGCAGAGCGGCAGUCGGCGUCCGGCCGCCGUCGGGUCCGCCAGUGCCGUUCAGUGCAACUCGCCGGCCGCCGGGAACCGCAGGGAACCGUUGCCUCCAGGAGCCGACAGAGGUGACCGCGCGACAUGACCGCCACCGGGGAUGGCGCCGAGGGCGCCGACGGCGCUGACCCCGGGUCGCCGACGAAGCAGGAGAAGCAGGCCCCGCUGCGGAAGAUCACCCUGGCGGGCGGCGUGGCUCUCAUCGUGGGCUCCAUCGUGGGCUCGGGCAUCUUCGUCUCCCCCACCGGCGUCUUCAAGGAGACCGAGUCCGUGGGCCUGAGCCUGGUCAUCUGGAUGCUGGCGGGCGUCUUCUCCUGCCUGGGCGCGCUGUGCUACGCCGAGCUGGGCACCGUCGUGAACCGCAGCGGCGGCGAGUACGCGUACCUGACGACGGCGCUGGGCCCGCUGUGCGGCUUCCUGCAGCUCUGGACUUCCCUGGUGAUCCUGCAGCCCACGCCGCUGGCCGUCAUGGCGAGGACCUUCGCCUCGUACGCCGCCAAGCCCUUCUUCUCGGACUGCGAGCCGCCCGAGGCCGUCAUCAAGCUGCUCGCCGUGGCGGGGCUAGGGCUGCUGACGGCGGUGAACAGCGCGUCGGUGCGCCUGGCCAUGCGCGUGCAGAGCGUCUUCACCUGGGCCAAGAUCCUCGCCCUCAUCCUCUUCAUCGUCCUGGGCGCCGUCUCAGCCGCCACAGAUGGCGUGGACAACCUGUCGCCGGCCUGGGAGGGCAAGUUCUCGCCGAGCGCCGUGGCUUUGGCGGCCUACUACGGCCUGUUCGCGUUCGGCGGCUGGAACCAGCUCAACUUCGUCAUCGACGAGCUGCAGGACCCUUACAAGAACCUGCCGCGCGCCAUCUGCCUGGCGGUCCCCCUCGUCACCCUGGUGUACGUCCUCGUCAACGCCGCCUACUUCAUCGUGCUCACCAAGCCGGAGAUGCUGUCGUCUUUCGCCAUCGCCGUGAUCUUCGGGGACAAGAAGCUGCCGCUGGUGCCGUGGAUGGUGCCGCUGUUCGUGUCGCUGUCGUGCUUCGGCAGCAUCAACGGCAUCCUGUUCACGUCGGGCCGCCUGUUCGAGGCCGGCGCGCAGAACGGCCACCUCCCGGCCGUGCUCGCGCUGCGCCACGUCCACAAGCACACCCCCGCGCCCGCGCUCGUCAUCACGGGCGUGCUGGCGAGCGCCAUGGUCGUGGCGGCCGACGUGUACACCCUGAUCGAGUACAUGAGCCAGGUGCUGUGGAUGUUCGUCUCGCUGUCCGUGGUGUCCGUGCUGGUGCUCCGCUGGACGCAGCCCGACGUGCCGCGGCCGAUCCGGGUGCCGCUCGUCGUGCCCGUCGCCUUCCUGGUGGUGUGCCUCAGCAUCGUGGCCAUCGGGGCCUGGGCACAGCCGUGGAACACAUUUAUGGGACUCCUCAUCACUUUGUCGGGAAUACCAGCUUACUACAUUGGUGUUGUCUGGAGCAAGCCCAAGUGGAUGCGCAGAGCCGAGGUGGGUCUCACCAAAAGACUACAGUGCAUUCUAUUGGUUGGAGAAUGAGAGAGUGCAUUUUGGAAUUACCUCAGGUGCUUAUUGAGGCUCUUAAAUCAGAGACAUUUUUCUACACUUGAAAAAGUGAAUAGCUUCGAUUGCAAAUUUUGGGAAAGAACUUAGGACAGAAGUGCAAAUUUUGCCUAUUGUGAUAUUUUUGUUCAGUUUUUAUUAUAGAUUUGCAUGACAUUCAUUUUAAACAUUGUUGUAUUUUUUACUGAAUUCACUUUUUGUGACUUGUUUGUUGUUAAGAUUGAAUCGUUAAUAAGUUGAAGAUAUAGAUUUUUAGAUAUUGAUUUUUUUCAUUUGUACCUAAUAUGCUUUGAUUAAAUUUACACAUGCUUCCUUUGCUCGGAUGCAAAGUUUGUGCCUUAAUAACUUUAGUUCACUAUGUUCAGUAGUUAAUUUCAUUCAGCAACAUUGUCAGUUUUAUUGCCAUUAGUAUUCAUGAGACAUUAGUGUGUGAACUUUUUGUACUUAUUUGACCAUCAUUAUUGAACAUGAGAAAACAUUCCAGGAGAAAUGGUUUCAAUUGUUAAGGUAAAAAUAGUGAAAGGCUGUAUUAUAGCUGAUUAUCUUAAAAAUCUUCUUCAGCUUUAUGAUUUGAAUGUUGAAAGUCCAUAGGAUUUAAUUAAGCUUGCCCUUCCAAAUGAGAAUACAAAAUUUUUUAAUAAUCAACCACAUAAAUCUUUUUGUACAUA